UUCGAGUGUGAACGUUUGAUGAACCAGAAAGGCAGAAUAAACGAAAGAUUCUGCAACACAGUGGUUCUUCGAACCGGAUUGUAUGCUGGAUAGUUAAAGCGGAUUGUGGAAACGUUAGUUAGACUCGCACGGCAGUCGCCGCACAAAAGAAAAUUGUCACAAAGGUCAGACGACCUAGAUCGAACACAUGGAUGACCUAGCUAAGAAAAGACGCGUACGAGGUGGGCAAAGGUCGUCUACGAAGAAGCUUGUGGCAAAGAUAGUCGAAGCGAUCGCUAAGUUAAGCGAUGAGAGUCCAGAGAAAGACGUCGUGUGGCUGAAGCAGAGUCAAAGCUCCUUGAAGGAAAAGGUCAAAAUUUUAAGAGAACUUGACACGAAAAUCAUCGAUGCCCUGAGCGAGUCGAAAGAAGAAGCGGCGGAUGAAUUGAUGGCAAAGGAGAUAGAAGAAGCAGACGAAGUAAUCGCAGAACUUGAACGCCUUUUACUUGAAAUGGACAACGCGUUCGGUAAAUUAGAAUUGACAACGACAAAAACCGUGGCGAUCAAUGACAAUGAGAUUCUGAACGAAAGCCAAACAUCGGUUGAAAGCACGGGCAAAAUCAUAAGAGCAAAGUUACCAAAGUUACGGUUGAAAAACUUUGGGGGGAAAAUUUGCGAAUGGCCAGAGUUCUGGGACAGUUUUUCGAGUUCGAUCGAUAACAAUGAUCAAUUGUCGGACGUAGACAAAUUUGCAUAUCUACGCGGAUACCUUGAAGGGCCGGCAAAAUCGACCAUCGCUGGUCUGUCAUUAACAGCAAGGAAUUAUCAGUGCGCGGUGGAUCUGCUUAAGAAACGAUUCGAGAAAAGAAGUGCAAUUCAACGCACACAUAUAAAUGACCUUAUUCAACUGCCUGCGGUUUUUAGAGAAAGGGACACUCAAAGGCUGCGGAAGUUAUAUGACAGCUGCGAAGCGCACAACCGCGCGUUGAAAUCCUUAGGCGUGGGAGAAGAAUCGUAUUCCACUAUUGUUGUACCGGCCAUAUUGGAGAAGAUGCCUGAACAAUUUCGGCUUAUGAUCACCCGAGGAACUGAUUUCAUUGAGUGGACGAUGCAAGAAAUGUUGGAUGCGUUUGAGAAGGAGUUAGAACUGCGAGAGGCGCACGAAGCGGUGGCGACUAAAACGGAACGGGAGUAUGAAAGAAAUCAAAGCAGGAAACCAACUGGGGGUCUAGAUAACUCGACAGCGGCGGCGUUGCUGGCUGGUCAAGAGAAAAAGAGUUGUGCAUUCUGUUUAAAGAACCACGCGCACGAGGAAUGUGAUGGAGUCAAGGAUCCAAAAACACGUAAGACCCUAGCUUUAAAGUAUGGUAGAUGUUUUCAAUGUUUAAUUAAGGGCCAUAGAGCCAGUAAUUGUAGUUCGAAAAUUAAGUGUCGAAAAUGCGACCGAAUGCAUCAUGUCGCCCUAUGUGAUGCGUCUCCAAAAGACGAAGAGACCUGUAAGAAUGAAGAAAUCCCAUCAACUAAGGUUAACAAUAAUGUAGCUAGCCCAUGUAAUAACUUGCUUGCCGGGACAGGUGGUCUGGUUGCCUUGCAAACUGCGCGCGGGGUAUUAAGGGGUGAGAGGGUGGCUAAGGUCCGGGUACUCUUUGAUGGGGGAAGUCAUCGCUCUUUCGUUACAUCGCAUGCAGCGAGUCUUGUUAAUCCACGGGGUUUAAGAAGGGAAUUUCUAGGCAUUAAUACGUUCGGUCAAAAGUGCACGAAGGCUGAACAAAGGGAAGUGGUCGAGCUUAAACUUCAGCCUGUUAAUGGGGAUAAGAUUAUCUCAAUAGAAGCAUAUGUGGUACCAGAAAUUUGCACUGUGCAGAAUAGUCACGUAGAAUUAGCUAGAAAGAAUUAUUCGCAUCUAGAGGGGGUAUGGUUCUCAGAUGUGGUGAAUUUUCAGGAAGAAUUAGAGGUAGACGUUUUGAUAGGGGCAGACUAUCUUUGGAAUUUCCAAACAGGUGAGACAAAGAAAGGUAAGACAGGGGAGCCCGUAGCUAUACAAACUGAGUUGGGAUGGGUGUUGUCAGGACCUCUUAAGGGAAGAGAGAUAGAAGGUGCUGGAGUGACUCAGGUGAACUUUGUGGGGCAGACAACGAAAUGGGACAGAGAUAGCUUAGAAAGUAAUGUGGAAAAACUUUGGAGUUUUGAAGGAUUGGGUAUAAUUGAAGAGGACACAGUUCAUGAAACAUUUCUUGAUGGAAUAUCAUUCACAGGUAAUCGAUACUCAGUAAAACUGCCCUGGAAGGAGGAACAUGACAAUCUUCCAGACAAUUACAUGAAUAGUCUUGCUAGAAUGAAAAGCCAGUUGAAACGACUGGAAAAGGAGCCAGAAUUGUUGAAAGAGUACGAUCGGAUAAUAAGAGAUCAGGCAGAGCAGGGAAUCAUAGAGCAGGUACCAAGUCUUGAGAAGGCAGGCAAAGUUCAUUAUCUACCUCACCAAGCAGUAAUUCGCAAAGAUGCAGUGACAACUAAGGUACGCAUAGUAUAUGACGCGUCCUCGAAAGGAAUAAAAUCUAAAACAUCGCUUAACGACUGUUUGCAUGUUGGACCAUCGCUCAAUCCAUUGCUUUACAGUAUAUUGUUACGUUUCAGAGAAAAUAGAGUAGCAUUAGUAGCAGACAUCGAAAAGGCAUUUUUACAUGUAGAGGUAGACAAGGAAGACCGAGACUCUCUGAGGUUUUUAUGCUGUUUGAGAAGAUUUGCAGCUAGGAGAGGGGCACCCAGUCUUAUAGUUUCCGAUAACGCUAAAACGUUCAAGGCAGCAGAGAAAGCAUUGAGGAAGAUUUGUAAUGAGCCGAAAGUCAAAUCGGAAUUAGGAGCCAAACGAAUAACACGGAGAUUCAACUUAGAGAGAGCACGUUGGUGGGGAGGCUUCUUUGAACGGAUGGUGCGCAGUGUGAAAAGGUGUCUUAGAAAGGUGUUAGGGAAUGCAAAGUUAAACCUUGAUGAGCUGAGCACAGUGUUAGUUGAAGUUGAAGGCACAUUGAAUGCGAGACCACUAACAGAAGUAUUUGAAGAGCUGGAAGGAGAAGUGUUAACUCCUUCACAUUUGAUAUAUGGUAGAGCAAUACAUUUAAUUCCACAGAAUGAGGUAGUCAUAGGAGCGAGUAGCUGUGGGGAGAGAUUUAAAUAUGUAACGUUAAAGUUGCAGCACUUUUGGAAAAGAUGGAAGGGCGAAUAUUUAACGGGACUUAGAGAGUUUCACAAGUGCACAAACGGAGGAAAGUUAAGGAAGGUCCAGAAAGGAGAUGUAGUGACGGUGUUCGGAGAAGGCGAGAAAAGAUGUACCUGGAAGUUAGCAGUAGUAGAAGAGUUAAUUGUAGGGAAGGAUAAGGAAGUUAGAGGAGCAAAGGUUAGGCUUGCAGGUAAAGGAAAACCACGCUUCUUAAACAGACCAAUUGAGAAGCUUUUCCCAUUGGAAGUUCAAUCUCGACCGGGUGGGGAAAGGGAGGAAAGGGAUAUCCCUACAGCUAAGCCAGAGGGAGACCAGCAUGAACGAACAAGACGAGCGGCAGCCAUAAUUUCAAAAGCGAAAACAAAGGCGAUGCUUGAUUCAUAGACGUGUAUGAAUCAAGGUGGGUGGGAUGUCGUAAGUUCCCAGCGCAGAUCACCAGUCCACGGAGCGCGAGUUAAUAUGUAGUAAAACUUUAUGUAAAAUAUCUGAUUUGGGUAAUGUGAUCUAACUAGUAAUUGUAAUAUGAUAUAGGGAUAUACCAAAUAAUGACCCAUUGUAUAUAUAGCAAAAUGAAAUGUAAUCUAUCAAUAAUAAAUCAGAAUAUACAGUCC